AUGUCGCGUCAUGGGAGCAAGCCAUCUAUACUUCAACGGGCUAGGUGUAACCGCAUUUUUGCACUAUUACCUGAAAGAAAUGCACAGUCUGAUGGUAGUGAGCUGUCAGACGUUGAAGAAGAGGAGUUCUUCCAACCUCCAGAUGAAGACUGUUUUAGUUCUUCUCCGCCGUCCGUGGAUUCGUCACUCGAACGAAUGAAUAUACUUGACAGCGAUGACGAAGAUCCCUCUUCUGUAACACCAGCUGCACUUUCUGUGACUCACGAUCGAUGCAAUUCAACUUCGAUCCUUGAUGUAGCGCUUUCUCCUGUAUUGAAUGCUGUAUUUCCUUCCAAUGACAAAAUUGAUUACAAUUCUUUACCUUCUAUAAGUUCGAUUCCAUUAUUGCCGUCACCAGCUUUACCUGUGCCAGUUACUCCAUCUACAUCACGUGGUCAAAUAUGCACGAGGUCUAGAAAGCGCGGACGAGACAUGCAUCCCCGACUACUAGUAAAAAGAACAAAACAACAACAAUUAAAUUUCCACUGGAAAAAAACACGCUUUUCCCACAGUGCUUCCAUAGAACCAGUUUUAUUUACAGAUCCACCUCCUGAAGACAUUUCUCCACGAAGGAUACUUAGCGACCACUGUCGCUUCAAUGGAGAAUACAAAACUAACUUAAUUUUAAAGAUAUCAGCAUAG